GCCAUGGCCCCCGGCGCGCUGCGUGCCGCCGUCCUGCUGCUGCUGCUGGGCCUGGGGGUGUCGGCCAGAGCCCCCCCGGAGACCGCCGAGCCCGGCCUGUCGCAGGCGGAGCUGACCCAGAUGUUCGAGGACUUCGUGAUUCGCUUCAACAAGACCUACGGCAGCCCCGAAGAGCGGCGCCGGCGCCUCGGGAUCUUCGCCCGGGCCAUGGAGGACGCGCGGCGGCUGCGGGAGGCGCCGCCCGGGUCGGGCCCACCCGCUUCAGCGACUGCACGGGUGAGCCCCGAGCCCGGCCUGGGCCAGGCACAUGCCACACGAGCUGGGCCUUCGCUGCUGUCGCCAACAGGGGGCUGGUCCUGA